AUGUCGGUUCCGCCAUCGCAUUCCGUACAUGCAGACCAGCCUUUUAAGGAAACGAUCCUGCAAAUUCUCAACAAUCAGCAUGCGUUGAUGGCCCGCUUAUCGGAACAAAUGACGGCGAUUCAAGGAAAUGUCCAGGCAGCUAAUAGGAACGAGCUUAUACUCGACUCUUUAGCAUCGAAUAUCACCGAUUUCGUUUACGACGGAGAAACAGGAUGUUCUUUCGAUGCGUGGUUUGCGCGGUACGCGGACCUUUUUGAGAAAGAUGCUGGCCAGUUGACGGAUGACGCAAAGGUACGACUUUUACUCCGGAAGCUGAGCCCAGCCGCACACGAACGAUACACAUCAUUCAUUCUUCCUAAGCUGUCGAGAGAGUAUUCCUUUGAGGAAACGGUGGCCAAGUUAAAAACGAUUUUUGGCACGCCGGUUUCCAUUUUCUACCGACGGUAUCAGUGCCUGCAGACGAUGAAAGACGAGAACGAGGAUUUUAUAACCUACUCAUGCAAGGUCAACCGAGCGUGCGUCGAUUUUAAGCUGCAGGAGUUACAAGAAGAAAAAUUCAAAUGCCUCAUCUUCGUUUGCGGACUCAAAUCACCCAACGAUUCGGACAUUCGGAUGCGCCUGUUGUCCAAGAUCAACGAGACGAACAACAUCACCCUAGAGAAGGUAGUUGAGGAGUGCAAGUCCCUUAUCAAUCUAAAACGGGACACGAUUCUUAUCGGAGGGCAGUCUUCAAGCUCUGUUGUGGCCGCUGCAAAGGCCGUCAGAUCACGCUCACCGCACGGCCGAGGCCAUUCCAAAUAUGAUACAGGCAAGAGUGACGAAGUUAGAACACCUUGCUGGGGAUGUGGCAACAUGCAUUUCUUCAAACAGUGCACUUUCAAAGACCACAAAUGUCGAGACUGCGGUCGAAUAGGCCACAAAGAAGGCUACUGUGGAUGUUUCAAGCAGCGGCAACAGGCAUACAAGGGGAAGAAGCAGUACAAACAGCACUCAAAUAAGAUCGUGAUCGUGAAGGACCUUAAACGAAGUCGGAGAUACGUCGAAACAUGCAUCAACGGGGUACCAGUUAGUCUUCAGCUGGAUUCCGGCUCCGAUAUUACCGUCAUAUCAAAGCAAAAUUGGAUGAAAAUCGGGGCACCAAAGACGUAUCCACCAGACUGCGAGGUGCAAACAGCUUCCGGUAGCAGACUGGAAAUCGACGCGAUGUUCCAAGCUACAAUCACCAUCGCCGAUACACAACGAGAAGGCUCAGACUUGCUCGAAGAGUUUGGGUUAUGGGACGUACCGUUUUCGUCCUUUUGUAAGUUGAUUGGGACACAACGAGAGGACAGACAGAUUACCGACCUGCAAGCAGAUUUUCCAAACGUUUUCUCUGAUCGCAUGGGACUUUGCUCGAAGACACAAGUACAGUUUACGCUGAAGGAAAAUGUCCGGCCAGUGUUCAAACCCAAGCGACCGGUCUCAUAUGGAAUGGAAUCAGUCGUCGAAGGUGAAUUACAGCGGUUAGAAGACCUUGGCAUCAUUACACCGAUUACGCACGCAGAUUGGGCUGCACCGAUUGUUGUGGUGCGUAAACCGGAUCAUUCCGUUCGAAUUUGCGCAGAUUUUUCGACCGGAUUAAACAACGCGCUCGAGGCAAACAGCUUUCCGCUUCCUCUUCCCGAGGAUAUAUCUAAUCGAAUGGCAAAUUGCACAAUAUUUAGCCACAUCGAUUUAUCGCACGCUUAUCUACAAGUUCCCGUCGACGAAGACAGCCGCAAGCUGAUUAAUAUAAACACACAUAAAGGUCUGUACCAGUUCAAUCGGCUUUCCCCUGGCAUCAAAAGUGCACCAGGGGCCUUUCAACAAAUUAUGGACACGAUGCUAGCGGGAAUCCAAUGCACCGCUCCUUACCUUGAUGAUAUACUGGUUGGAGGUCGCACUGAGGAGGAGCAUAAACGAAAUCUACGUCAAGUCCUCCAACGCAUCCAGGAGUAUGGGUUCACGGUGAAGUUCGAAAAAUGCAAAUUUUUCAUGCACCAGGUAAAAUACCUGGGACAGCUUCUGGACUCGGAGGGCAUUCGCCCCGAUCCGGAUAAGGUGAAGGCAAUAAUUAACAUGCCUCCACCGCAUGAUGUUUCUACUCUCCGGUCAUACUUAGGAGCCAUAAACUACUAUGGUAAAUACAUUCGGGAAAUGCGAAAUCUUCGGCAGCCGCUGGACGAACUUCUAAAAGAAGGGAUAGCAGACGAGACUACUCAUGAUGAAACAUUGCAGCAGGUGAUUAAGUACGUGCUCGAUGGUUGGCCCAGCGACAAGAAAUCUAUCUCCGGCGGAAGGUUCAACAAUUCUUUGUACGCCGGGAAUCGUUAUACGUAG